AAAUCGGAAGCGCCGGUGAACCAGAGGACUUCUGCUGACCCGCGCGCGCCCCGCGAGCCUGUUGUCUGUGAAAUGGGGAACAACAAACCGCCGGCGCUGCUCGCGCUCAUCGGUGUCAUGCUGCUCUGGCCGAACGUUCUCACCAGGAGCGUCUCCUCCUCCAGCCUGCAGACUGUGGACAGCGCCUCUCUAUCGGCAGCUGGCCUGCUGCGGUUUUCAGGGCAGGGAGGAGAGCGCCCUCGUGUGGUGAAGCACUCCGCACAGAACUGCGACAGCACGUUUGACACCUACUGCUUGAACCACGGCCAGUGCCUGCUGCUGGUGGACAUCAAUGAACACCACUGCAAGUGUGAGAGGGGCUUCUUCGGCCCCAGGUGCAGCAACCCGGAGCUCGUCGUUCAGCCAAUGGGAGAAGAGCAGCUAAUAGUCACCAUUUUCUGUGUGGCUCUGCUGAUUAUAGGUCUGGCCGGAACGCUGUACUUCUGCUGCAAAUGGUACAAGAAAAACAAAUUCCCACACCAGCAGACGAGGCAAGGUUACAAAGGAGUCCAGACAGCAUAGAGUGCCACACAGUCACUGCGCUGCUGGGAAACAAACCAGGAUGUUUUUUUCGUAACAUGCGCUCCCAUGACGUUACCAGAUGAACUUACACUCAGUGGCCGGUCUAGUGGAUGUCACACGGCUUUGAAUCGCUUCAUAAAGCUGGGCAAGGGAUACAAUUUAUUUUAUUUAAAAGCUAAAAAAAGAAACACUGUGUGCAAUUGUUGUCACCGGCCGCACUGGUUCGUGUUUCAGCAACCUUGCUGCCCUCGGGUUUGAAAAGAUGAACGGGGAAACGCACAAAGGCCCAGGAGUUUCUGUGGGUGACGAUGACGACGAGUCAUGGACAAUUCAUAGGAGAAUGUGAAAGUCUUCGAGAAACAUAAGCGGCUGUCGCAGUGAAGCAUGCUUUUAGAAAUGUAGGUCUGUAAACAACCUGCUCAUGUACUCUUUAACCUGCAAAGGAAAUAAGCCAUAGCUUAGCUAACGGACAUUAUAUUUAUCAUUCAUGCAAUUUACCUCUUAAUUCAUGAAAGUAAUUUCUAAACCAUCAUAAAUAGUCCUCCUCUGUUUUAGGUUUUAGAUUUAUUAUUUUCCUUUUGUAGCUAUAGUGACAAUAAAGUAGCCAUUGUUGUCAUUAAACUGGCUGCUGAGUGUAACAAUUAUGUUUUUUUAUUAUUUUAAACUCAGUUAAGUCUCUAUUUGUUUUGAUAAUUUAUCGUAAAGUAUUACAAGUAUACACUGGAAUCUUGUCUUUGUUUUGGAAGCUCUCUAACUGCAGCUAGUAUUUUUGAGUUUCAUUGACUUCAUUGUAGUCUGAAGGGCACAUCUGAGAGUCUUCACAUUCUUCUUACAGUGUUCACAUUUUUCUUCUCUGUGAUUAACAGUUUUCCUGAAAGAAAAUAUGUCUCCUCUUUUUGUUUUUUUACACCAAAUUCUAUUUUUGCAAUGGCACUAUUAGCUGUACAAUGAAAUGUAAAUUAAAGUUAAUACGUUACUUUUCA